CGAUGACGUGUCCGUAAAGAAGCUGCCUGCCGUCCCCGACGGCCCCAUCCUCUAGUACAUGCUUCAGUACUGAAAUGGACGUCAAUAGGUGUCGGCCUAUUACAUGUCACGUGUGACACGUGACAUUAUGCAAGGUCACGGUCACAUAAUCAUGUAGUAGAAGACAAAGGAGCUACCCCAAACUCCGCCCAUUGUUCUUACCGACAACUUGCGGAAGCAUAAAGAUGCCCAGUAAAUCCAACCAUCGCAAUUCCUCUCAUCCCUUCCGGGCUGGUCCUCUUCGUUUCUGGGAAGUAUACCUCUGCUAUGGACGUUAAUCCCACGUACCCGCUAUUCCCAAUUUUUGCCUUCCUGGGUUUCGUCGUCGUGCUUAUUCCGCUGCCAUGGCAUCUACAAGCGUGGAACUCUGGCACUUGCAUGUACAUUGUCUGGACAGCGCUGGGUUGCUUGCUGCACUUCGUGAACUCCGUUAUAUGGCGCAACAAUGCAUUGAAUGUCGCACCGGUAUGGUGUGAUAUCUCCACCAAGUUGUUCAUCGGCGCCGGUGUUGGAAUACCAGCCGCCGGGUUGUGCAUUAGCCGUAGGCUGUACAAGAUAGCUGUCAUAAAGUCCGUCGCUGUGACUCGCGAGGAUAAGCGUCGCGCCGUUAUUGCUGACCUUGCUAUCACUAUUGGGAUACCAGUUAUGGUUAUGGCGUUGCACUACAUUGUACAAGGUCAUCGCUUUGAUAUCCUGGAGGAUGUCGGAUGCUGGCCAUCGAUCUAUAACACCCUUCCUGCAUAUUUUCUCGUUUUUAUGUGGCCUACGCUCCUGGGUUGUAUAUCAUUCAUAUAUUCAGCUUUGAACUUGCGGGCCUUUUAUAUGCGCCGAUUGGAAUUCAACCAGCUGCUUACGUCGAACAGCUCAAUGAAUGUCGGCCAGUAUAUUCGUCUGAUGGCUUUGGCCUGUAUCGAAAUGUCAUCUACCAUUCCCAUAUGCAUCGCCAGUCUCUGCAUCUCAAAUGAAGCUGUCCCGAUUCAACCAUGGAUAUCUUGGGACAACACUCAUUAUAACUUCUCGCACGUUGGUCUUUACCCCACUGUCAUCUGGCAAAGUAAUUCAAAAUAUGUUGCGUCCGUGGAAAUGACUCGGUGGUUAUUCCCCGCAUGCGGGCUGUUAUUUUUUGCUUUAUUCGGCUUUGCAGCUGAGGCACGCAAACAGUACCGUGCCUUGUUUUUGUCAAUCGUGAAGAGGUUCUUUGGUUACCAGCCAACCUCUGGGAGGGCGCAGCGUGCGCUACCAAGUUGGAAUUGCAGUUUCAACAAGUCCAUGGAUCAGUCGUCUGGUUCCUUACCCGUCUACGUCACCUCAUUUCCUCCCUUUGUCAAGCCAGAAGCAUCUUUUGAAUUCUCCUCGAAGAGCUAUGCUACCGGGCCGCGCUUAGAGAAAGCGAUCGAUAGUUGGUCGCCGACGCUGCCUCGAUACUCUGUAGAGAACGAUAGCUCGCCGACGGCUACCGACUUCUCCGAGUUUGAUAGCAACACGCAGCGAAGUGGUAAUGAAGCGAAGUUCUCGCCUUCACAUCCUGACUCCGUGGAUAUCAGUGAUGUCCCCGCCCGCCACCGCCCGUUCACGCCACCGAGCGUUUUGCCCGUCCGUGUCAAUGAUGCUCGGAUGUCGCACUGCCUCCAUGCGAGUAUUGCUGUUUCCGUCCAAACCCAAUAUGGGGUCGUGCUUUAACGACGAUACGACCAAUUCUUGGCUUGUACCAGGUGUCAGUCGCAGGAAGGUGCUACCCACGACGUCCGAUAUUGUAUUUCUACAGUGCAUUUCUCGACAUGUCGUUCCCCGGACUUUUUCACUCUUUGACCUCUAGCUUAGCUUACGGCUCCUUGAACGACUCUACAACGUAUGGCGAAAACGCUGUGCCCUUUCGAUUUCCUUCCAUACACUCUACUCUUGUAUCUGUUACACAUCGCGGUACCGCAAACAACUAGACUCACAAUGUGACCGUCAUUUUAUACCCUCUGCAUCAACG